AUGUCUGAUAUUAAACCUCUAACUCCACAUAACCCAUGGGCAGGUGUUGCUAACUCUGGUCCGAUAUCCAUUUUGUCAUACUGUGGUUCUUCCAUCUUAAUGACAGUGACAAACAAAUUCGUUGUCAAUUUGGAAAAUUUCAACAUGAAUUUCGUUAUGUUAUUUGUUCAAUCUUUAGUUUGUACAUUGACUCUUAUCGUCUUAAAGACCUUAGGUUAUGCUAAAUUCCGUCCAUUAAAUAAGGCAGAUGCUAAAAACUGGUUUCCAAUUUCUGUCCUUUUGGUCCUUAUGAUUUAUACCUCUUCCAAGGCUUUACAAUUCUUAGCUGUCCCAAUUUACACCAUUUUCAAGAAUUUAACUAUUAUAUUGAUUGCAUACGGUGAGGUCUUAUUCUUUGGUGGUUCAGUUACUUCUAUGGAAUUAUCCUCUUUCUUGUUAAUGGUCUUUUCUUCUGUUGUCGCUACAUGGGGGGAUCAACAAGCCCUUGCCGCUAAAAACUUGGCUGAAGAAACUGUGUCUCAAACAUCUGCCCUAUUAAACCCAGGUUACUUUUGGAUGUUCACCAAUUGUAUUUCAUCUGCACUAUUUGUCUUGAUCAUGAGAAAGAGAAUUAAGUUAACUAACUUCAAAGAUUUCGACACCAUGUUCUACAAUAACAUAUUAGCUUUACCAAUUCUUUUAAUUUUCUCUUUCAUCGUGGAAGAUUGGUCGUCAGCUAAUUUGGCUACUAAUUUAUCGGGCGAUUCAUUAACCGCUAUGAUCAUUUCAGGUAUGGCAUCUGUUGGGAUUUCUUAUUGUUCAGGUUGGUGUGUUCGUGUCACUUCUUCCACUACAUAUUCAAUGGUCGGUGCUUUAAACAAAUUACCAAUCGCUUUAUCUGGUUUAAUCUUCUUUGAUGCCCCAAGAAACUUCUUAUCCAUUUUAUCCAUCUUUAUAGGUUUCUUAUCUGGUAUUGUUUAUGCCGUUGCUAAGCAAAAGAAACAACAAAACCAUACUAAAUAA